AUUUUUGGCGUGCAUGAUUUGAGGGCAGCUUUUUUCCAGUCUCUGCCCAGAAAAAGAAGAAGAAGAAGUAAGAUUUCGAAAGUGGAGAUCUGAAUCUCUAAAUUUCAUUCAUAAUCUCAACACCCUAUUUGCGGUCUCGUGAGGAUGGUGGCCACGCCCGCCAUUUCCACCAAUUACCCUUCCAUUAUCCACCAACUACAACAAAAACAAAAGCCCGUGAUCCUCUGUCCGCACCCGUGAAAAUCCACUUCGUUCCCUAUAUCAGAUUCAAUCAUUUCACAGAAAAAAAAAAAAAAAAAUUUAUCACACGUCACUCGUUUCCAAAUUUUCACUUACCACCAUUACAAAUACCUGAAACAAUGACCAUUACAUCCCAGUCACAUUCUGAAUCCUCUAUAUCCCCUUCCAAGAUAUACCCACACAAAAACAACCAAAAGAGACUAUCCAAACCCCUUCUCUUCCUCAUUCUCACCAUGUCUUCUCUCCUCUUCUUCUCCCUCCUUUCUCUCCUCAUCUUCUUCAAUGUCUCCUCCGCCACCCGGCACCACCACCAUCAUUCCCAUUCUUCUUCCUCUUCCUCUCCUUCUCUCUCUCCCUCUACCUCCCCUGACUCCUCGUCUCCACCCCUUGCCCAGAUCCAACAAGCCUGCAAGGCCACCAGAUACCCCGACGUUUGUGUUUCUUCUCUCUCUCAGUCCAGUCGCCUACCUCCGAACCCGACACCCCUCCAAAUUAUCCAAUCGGCCAUCUGGGUCUCCUCCCAAAAUCUCAUUACCGCUAAAUCCAUGGUAAAUGACAUUUUGAAAUCCUCUGUUGGGAACCUGAACCGCACUAAUGCGGCCAACAUCUGCCUCCAGGUCCUCUCCUAUUCUCAGUACCGUACCUCAUCAACGGAUGACGCACUGACACGUGGCAGAAUCAAGGACGCACGUGCUUGGAUGAGCGCUGCAUUGGCGUACCAGUACGAUUGCUGGUCGGGGUUGAAGUACGUUAACGACACCACCGGGGUGAACAAAACGAUGUCGUUUCUGAACUCCCUGGUUGGGUUAAGCAGUAACGCGCUUGGCAUGAUGGUGUCGUACGAUAACUUCGGGGACGCGGUGAGCUCUUGGACGGCGCCCCGGACGGAACGGGACGGGUUUUGGGAGAAGGGCGGGUCUGUUGAAAGUGGGGGGGCGUUGGGCUUCCCGUCGAAUUUAACGGCGGAUGUAACGGUGUGUAAGGACGCGGGUAGCGGGUGUUAUAAGACGGUGCAGGAGGCCGUUAAUGCGGCCCCAAGUGACGGCACGAGCAGGUUCGUGAUACACAUAAAAGAAGGUGUUUACGAGGAGAAAGUGAGGGUUCCGUUUGAGAAGAAAAACGUGGUGUUCGUGGGUGAUGGGAUGGGCAAAACAGUAAUUACAGGAUCGUCAAAUGUAGGACAACCUGGGAUGAGUACUUAUGAGUCUGCUACUGUCGGAAUUCUUGGUGAUGGAUUCAUGGCGACUGGUAUCACGAUCCAGAAUACAGCAGGUCCUGAUGCUCACCAGGCUGUAGCAUUUAGAUCAGAUAGUGAUUUUUCCGUAAUCCAGGACUGUGAAUUUUUAGGCAACCAGGAUACCCUUUACGCUCAUUCACUCCGCCAGUACUACAAAUCAUGCAGCAUCCAGGGUAAUGUGGACUUCAUCUUUGGAGCCUCAGCUGCAGUUUUCGAAGAUUGUAUCAUCUUAAUUGCUCCUCGGCAACAAAAACCAGAACAUGGGGAGAACAAUGCAGUCACAGCUCAUGGCAGAAUAGACCCUUCCAUGUCAACAGGUUUUGUUUUCUACAACUGUUUGAUAAAUGGCACUGAGGAAUACAUGAGGUUAUUCCAUAGCAAGCCUGCAGUUCAUAUAAACUACUUGGGAAGACCAUGGAAGGAGUAUUCAAGGACUGUUUUCAUCCAAUGUACCCUGGAAGCUCUCAUUGUUCCGGCCGGAUGGAUGCCAUGGAGUGGUGAUUUUGCAUUGAAAACACUUUACUAUGGGGAAUACAAGAAUUCGGGGCCAGGAGCUGAUGUUUCUCAUAGGGUUUCGUGGAGUAGCCAGAUCCCUGAAGAGCAUGUCAACACAUACUCAGUAAACAACUUCAUUCAAGGUGAUGAAUGGGCUGUAACUUCUUCUUGAGAGUGUAUCAGUUAUGUCAAAUAAAUAUUUAACUAUAUAAAUUUUAGAAUAUACAGGAGAGUAGUAUAAAUUCAGUUGUGGAAUAUGUGGCAUGCUAUGGAUUACAUAUGGGAAUGAUAGAGCUUGCACAUGUUGGGUAUA